AUGGUGGCUCCCGAUUCCGAGGCUACUUCGAAUCCUCGGAUAGCGGCUGCACACGAGAGUCCCUCUGCGGCUGAGGCGCGCCACAGCGCUGAUUUAUAUAUACGUACCAGCUGGGUUGACGCAGCUUUAGCCCUCUCUGAACUUGAAAAGGGCAAUAUCGAAGGAGGGAGAUCGUCGCUGUGGAUACGGGCGUGGUUGCAGGAGCAGCUAUUUAUUUUGGGUUGCUUCCUACAAGGCGACGCGGGAAAAGUAUUAUUCGUCGCAACACUAGUUCUCUCCACGUUUUGUGUCGGUCUCAAAUCGGCACAAAUUCACACAAGAGUCGACCAACUCUGGGUGCAAGAGGGUGGCCGAUUAGAGUCGGAACUAAAGUAUACAGCUCAGGCAUUGGGCGAAGCAGAUUCCUCUACGCAUCAGCUGAUAAUUCAGACAGCCAAAGAUCCAGACGUGUCGUUAUUACAUCCGGGAGCUUUACUUGAACACUUAAAGAUAGUGCACGCCGCAACUCGAGUGACGGUGCAUAUGUAUGAGAUCGAAUGGCGGCUCAAGGACCUGUGCUACAGCCCCAGCAUCCCGGACUUCGAGGGGUACCAUCAUAUCGAAUCAAUCAUCGACAACGUCAUACCAUGCGCCAUAAUAACGCCUCUCGACUGCUUCUGGGAGGGGUCCAAGUUGCUGGGACCAGAUUACCCAAUUUUUGUACCUCACCUGAAGCACAACAAAUUACAAUGGACACAUUUGAACCCUCUCGAAGUGAUAGAAGAAGUGAAGAAGUUAAAGUUCCAAUUUCCCUUGAGCACGAUGGAAGCUUACAUGAAGCGAGCUGGCAUCACGUCCGCCUACAUGAAGAAGCCGUGUCUGGAUCCCACCGACCCUCACUGCCCAGCCACAGCUCCCAACAAAAAGUCUGGACACAUUCCAGACGUCGCAGCCGAGUUAUCGCACGGUUGUUACGGAUUCGCGGCAUCCUACAUGCACUGGCCGGAACAAUUGAUAGUCGGUGGUGCGACCAGAAAUUCAACGUCAGCCUUACGAAGUGCCAAAGCUCUACAGACGGUAGUACAGUUGAUGGGCGAACGAGAAAUGUACGAAUAUUGGGCCGAUCAUUACAAAGUACAUCAAAUCGGCUGGAAUCAAGAGAAGGCCGCUGCUGUUCUUGAUGCGUGGCAGAGGAAGUUCUCAGCGGAGGUCAGAAAAACAACAACAUCAGGACAAGUAUCAGCGGCUUACAGCUUUUAUCCGUUCUCGACUUCAACCCUGAAUGACAUUCUUGGCAAAUUCUCAGAAGUUUCUUUAAGAAACAUUGUUUUGGGAUACAUGUUUAUGUUGAUGUAUGUUGCUGUUACGCUGAUACAAUGGCGAGACCCCAUUCGAUCACAGGCUGGUGUCGGCAUAGCUGGAGUGUUACUACUAUCAAUUACUAUUGCUGCGGGCUUAGGAUUUUGCGCUUUGUUAGGUAUACCAUUCAAUGCUUCGAGUACGCAAAUCGUGCCUUUCCUAGCACUAGGCUUAGGAGUACAAGACAUGUUCCUAUUAACACAUACAUACGUAGAACAAUCUGGAGAUGUUCCGAGAGAAGAAAGAACGGGUUUAGUACUAAAGAAGAGUGGUUUGAGCGUCCUUUUGGCAUCCUUGUGCAAUGUGAUGGCAUUUUUGGCUGCGGCUCUCUUACCAAUUCCAGCGUUCAGAGUCUUUUGCUUACAGGCUGCCAUACUCCUUCUAUUCACCUUGGGAUCCAUGCUUUUGGUAUUUCCGGCUAUGAUAUCACUUGACUUGAGAAGAAGAUCAGCUGCUAGAGCAGACUUAUUAUGUUGCUUAUUACCUGAAAGUCCACUGCCGAGAAAGAAACUUCCAGAACGUAAGGGAAGAAACGGAAGAAAUGAAAAGAAUAGGGCUGAUAUAUCGCGUCAACCAUUGGAUCCCGAGGUUACAGAGGAGGUAAAGACAUGCUGUCUCAGUAUCUCACUCACCAAAUGGACCAAAAAUCACUACGCCCCGUUCAUCAUGAGACCUUCAGUUAAAGUGACUUCAAUGCUAGCCCUAAUAGCUGUGAUUCUAGUCAGUGUAUGGGGAGCUACAAAAGUGAAGGAUGGCUUAGAUUUGACCGACAUUGUACCUGAGAACACCGAUGAACACGAAUUUUUGUCGCGACAAGAGAAAUAUUUCGGAUUUUACAACAUGUACGCGGUCACACAAGGAGACUUCGAAUAUCCCACCAAUCAGAAGUUACUUUACGAAUAUCACGAGCAAUUUGUUAGAAUACCGAAUAUAAUAAAAAACGACAAUGGCGGCCUUCCGAAGUUCUGGCUGACUCUCUUCCGCGAGUGGCUUUUGGACUUACAAGCGGCGUUCGAUAAGGAAGUUGCGAAUGGCUGCAUCACCCAAGAAUAUUGGUGCAAGAAUGCGAGCGACGAAGGCAUAUUGGCGUACAAGCUGAUGGUUCAAACCGGGCACGUCGACAAUCCCAUUGAUAAAUCGUUGAUAAAUUCUGGUCAUCGCUUGGUAGAUAAAGAUGGGAUUAUCAACCCAAAAGCCUUUUACAACUAUUUAUCAGCUUGGGCCACGAAUGAUGCGUUGGCAUAUGGCGCAUCACAAGGCAACUUAAAACCCCAACCUCAGAGAUGGAUUCAUUCGCCCGAAGACGUUCAUUUGGAAAUCAAGAAGUCUUCUCCUUUGAUAUACACUCAACUACCCUUUUACUUAUCUGGAUUGAGCGAUACGGAUAGUAUUACAACUCUGAUUACAUCUGUGAGGGAGUUGUGUUUGAAGUAUGAAGCGAAGGGAUUACCCAACUUUCCUUCUGGAAUACCGUUCCUGUUUUGGGAGCAGUACCUGUAUUUGCGGACAUCGCUUUUAUUGGCGCUCGCUUGCGCAUUGGCUGCUGUAUUUAUUUGCGUGAUGAUAGUGGUGCUAAACGCGUGGGCGGCACUGCUAGUGACGGUGUCUUUGGGUGCGUUAGUACUGCAGCUGGUGGGAGCAAUGUCUUUGCUUGGAGUGAAGCUCUCUGCGAUGCCCGCAGUACUUCUGGUCCUAGCUAUUGGCAGGGGGGUGCACUUUACACUACAUUUGUGUCUGGGUUUCGUCACGUCGAUCGGUUGUAAGCGACGUCGGGCCAGCUUGGCUUUGGAAAGUGUAUUAGCACCGGUAGUGCAUGGCGCAGUGGCUGCAGCCCUGGCCGCUUCAAUGCUUGCUGCCAGCGACUUUGGCUUCGUAGCCAGGCUGUUUUUAAGACUCUUGCUAGCCAUGGUCGUAUUGGGUUUGGUCGAUGGACUUCUCUUUUUCCCAAUCAUUCUAUCCAUACUGGGACCAGCCGCUGAGGUCCGUCCGCUGGAGCACCCAGAACGUCUCUCGACCCCGUCACCAAAAUGCUCUCCUGUACAUCCUCGCAAGUUCAGCUCAAGCUCAAGUGGCGGUGACAAAUCCAGCAGAACCAAAUCGGCUCCGAGGCCCUCGGCUCCAUCUCUUACCACCAUCACUGAAGAGCCUUCGAGUUGGCACAGUUCGGCACAUUCAGUACAGUCAUCAAUGCAGUCGAUAGUCGUACAGCCAGAAGUGGUGGUUGAAACUACCACAUACAACGGAAGCGAUUCAGCUUCCGGCCGGUCUACUCCGACUUCCAAGUCCUCUCAUGCUGGAUCUAUUACGACGAAGGUAACUGCAACAGCCAACAUAAAGGUUGAAGUUGUGACACCGAGCGAUAGGAAAUCUAGAAGAUCUUACCACUACUAUGAUCGUCGCAGAGACCGGGACGACGACAGAGAUAGAGAUAGAGAUCGGGAUCGCGAGAGGGACAGAGAUAGAGAUCGAGAUCGCGAGAGGGACAGAGACAGAGAUAGGGAUCGUUCUCGUGAACGAGACAGGCGGGAUCGGUAUAGGGAUGAGAGAGAUCAUCGCGCCUCUCCUAGAGAAAAUGGAAGGGAUUCUGGGCACGAGAGCGAUUCAUCGAGACAUUGA